UCAGCUUAGUGAGAACAAUAUGGCAGCGGUGGAUCAAUGAAAAGUAGUAUAUCUCGUAAACUCAGUAAAUAUUAGUAGUAAAAUAAUAAUUUAAUUCAAGUGAGUAGUACAGUGAGGAAUAUGACAAGUGAUUAGCAGUGAUAAAUGGGACAUGGGGAAAGAUCAAGAGCUGCUGGAGGCAGCAAGAAGUGGAAAUGUUACGAUUGUGGAGAAAAUACUUGGUCAGCGAGCACGAAGGAGUGGUCCAUUGGCAAGUCUUCGUCGAGGUCCUGGAGCUAACGUGCAAGAUGCCAGCGGGUACUCAGCCUUACACCAUGCAGCAUUAAAUGGCCAUAAAGACGUUGUGAAAUUGCUACUACAGCAUGAAGCAUCGACAAAUGUUGUUGAUGCAAAGGGAUCUUCACCUCUCCACUUGGCAGCAUGGGCUGGAGAUGCUGAGAUUGUCAGAUUAAUUCUCAGCCAAGGUCCAUCUGUACCAAAUGUCAAUCUCACGACAAAAGACAAUGAAACAGCGCUACAUUGUGCAGCGCAAUAUGGGCACACUGAAGUGGUAGCACAGCUGCUGCAGUACGGAUGUGAUCCUAGUAUCCGUAACAGCCGGGGCGAAUCAGCACUCGAUCUUGCAGCUCAGUAUGGCCGAUUAGAAACGGUACAAUUGAUAGUGAGAACACAUCCAGAGCUCAUCGAACCACUUCGUAAUUCUUCCUCAUCGCUAAUCUUCCCUCACACACCGUUGCAUCUAGCUUCACGAAAUGGCCACAGGGCUGUUGUUGAAGUUUUACUGGCGUCUGGAGUUGAUGUAAAUACAAGAACUUCUGCUGGCACUGCGAUGCAUGAGGCUGCACUUUGUGGUAAAAUGGAAGUCGUAAGAACAUUAUUAGACCGUGGAGUUGAUUUAGGAAUACGUGACGCAAGACACAACACAGUACUAGAUCUUCUGGGACAAUUUCCUCCUCACGUUACUCAUGAUAUUACAGCUGUUAUCAAAAGACAUCGAUCAUCUUCUGGAGUAGAGAGUGAUGCUGACAGUGAGCAUAUUCCACGAACAAAUGACAUUCUAGGCAGUCCGUACGACAACGCAUUGGAUCUAUCUCCCGUGGAAGGUUCUUCGCCGACGCAAUGGCAGUUUUAUCAUAAACCACGAGACGAGGACCGCCGAGUAUCCGGUACUUCAGUCAUGUCCUUCGGGGAUUUCGAGGGCAACAUUUACUACGAUGCCCCAGAAUUACAAAUGACCGAGAGUUACUCAGAUCCAAGCUCCUUCUUCGACAGCGUAUUGAUGUCCAUGUCAGACACUCUCAACUCAAUAAAUACACUUGCAAGUUCUGUUCAGACAACACCCGAUGACAACAACAAAUUUAUUGACAUUUUUAUCAACAACAACAACAACAACAACAACAACAACAACACAUCAGUAUCACCGCGAACACGGGGCUCUGACAGCGGAUUAUAUCAGACGCCACCGGCACCUCGGUAUACUGAGGGCAGUUACGUCUCUGAGGAUCUGUCCUUGACAUUGCCCGCGGGAUUCACUGGUAGAGAGUCUGAUCAAUUAAGCGUAUCUUCUUCAUCGAGUAUUGGUGGACCUAGCCCUCGGGACAGACGUUGUCUACCUAAUGAUUCUGGUAUUUCUGGAAUUUAUUUGCCAAUGGCUCCAUUAUCUAGUUCACUUCACAGUCCUGCUUCCAAUAGUAAAGUCUCGCCGACUCCACCAAAAAAACCACCUCGAAGAAAUCUGUCAGUAUCACCAACUCAUUUACAAACUCAGAUGUCGUUAUCAGCAGAUUGUUCUCUUGGUCCGAGCAAUUACGAGUAUUUAUUUCUUGCGCGAAGUGGAGCUCGAAGUCACAUUGAUCUUGAACAACUUCAAACUCGAAGAGAUCAGUUGCGUCACGUAACCAGAAGCGUUGACCAGUAUGUAGACAUGAAAGCAAGGUACAGUGGUCCCGAAAGCACAAAUAGACGGGCAGGUGAAGAACCAGUUGCUCUUACCGCUGUUUACGGGGAUCGUUUGAUAAAACUCCAAAAUCCUCGACGUAAAUUACGCAGACACUGUGAAAGAGCUUAUGAAAAUUACGAUGUGGAGGAUAACAAUCCUCCAGUUGAUCAAUCACCAACCAAUGAAACUUUACACGAUCAAACAUUCGUUUCAAAUGCAUUUCUUACACUAAAAUCUUCCCAGGAAAGUCUGCUGGACGACAGAACAGAGAAUGGUGAUACUACCCCCCAGGAACCUCAAACUGCUGGUGGUACUGGAGAAGCUACAGAUAAAAGACUAAAGAGGGUACAGAUGCUUAUUCCAACGAGUCCUACUCACUAUAUUCAACCGCCUACUCCAGAUCAUCCUCCACCUUCCGCUCUGCAGGCAGAGAAAUCUAUUCAUGAACGAAUUCGUCCACUCAGUCAGAUUUACAAACGUCGGUCACGUGACAUGGAGACUGAAACGGAGGAGGAUUUGUUGCAAUUUCAACCAAGUGGCUCAUUAGACGCCUCAAGUGGUUCAUUAUCAAGCGUGUCCUUAUCCGACAAAAGUAUGUCCACCGACAACGUCGAGGAGUACUUUGGUGACGUACCGUUUGCAGUAGCUAAUAUGGACGUGCCAAACCACGGACAUUCGCUAGACAGUUUACUGAAGGGCUCGGUCACGGCGGAGCGUCCGCGAACACUUAGACGGCUGAGGAACGUCUACACGGGUAAUUCCGGAAUGGGAACCGGCAGCACAGAUUCCUCAAACGAGCGGAUUAUCGACAAUGCCAACGCGGAUCCUCUGCUUCGGGAAAAAGAUCGGGACAGGGAGGAAAAAUCCCUGAGUAUUAUGAGUCCCUUUGACGAGCAAGAGGAGUGGGCUAAAAUAUCUGAAAUUAUGGCUUCUUUCGGAACUGGACUUGUCAGAGAAUCUGUAUUUGUUAAUGAGCUGGAGAAAGAAUUUCAAUCGAGACUUGGGAUAGGAUGUGAAACAAAUAGCCCAACGGUUACGACAACUAUAGGACAGUGGUUGUUAAAUUUAGGUUUCGCAGAUUACGAAUCACUUUUUUUAAAUUAUGGUUUUGAUGACCUUGAAUUUAUUAACGGCGUGUUGGAGGAAUCGGACCUAAAAGACAUGGGAAUAACGAGCGACACGGAGCGCGCUGUGAUAAUGAACGCCUCGUUGUCGCUGAACAAGCGCGUCGACAAAAGAUCUGGCUCACAGGCGAGGACCGUCGAGGAGUGGCUCAAGGGGAUAAAUUUAGAUAACUACCUCGAGACUUUUAAAAAACAUCUCUACACUGACAUGGAUCGGGUUAAGAGAGUUUGGGAAGUUGAACUUGCGGCGGUCCUUGAGAUCCAAAAACCCGGGCAUCGGAAAAGAAUUUUGGCCUCGGUUACCGGUCCCACUCCAAGAUCUAAAGCUUUGGCUACCAAUGGACGUCCUUCCAAUUUAGAUGACAUCAACAAGGAUCUCAAUAAUUUAAAAACUAAUAUUCAGCAGUUAAAAGAGGAGAUUCGCGACAAGCUACCCGAGACCCAGAACUCUCAGAACAAUGGAAAUCCUCCGGUGACCCAAAAUUCUUCGACAACUGUCGUAACUGGAACUAAUGCAGUGACCACGGGUACCUUGAGACACAGAAAGAAUCGGCCAGCACCUCAACCACCUCAUCCUCCUCACCGACCUGAAAACGGGACACCCUCUGCUGAACAACUGGAGAUACGAGCACCCUCAGAGCUACUUUUUGGCGUACCCUCGACUCUUAAAACUCAAUGGAGGCAUCAGCCCAAGGUUCUAGUCACUAGCAAUAUCACUUAUGUUGCCAAUUACUUGGGGUCUACCGUUGUAAAAGAAUUGCGUGGAACAGAAUCCACCAAAAAGUCUAUACAGAAGCUCAAAAACACAUGCAGAGAUCCUCGUGUUAGUUUGGCCAUAACACUAGCAAUUUCUUACCGCGGGGUUAGAUUUUUGGAUACAAAUACCAAUGAACCGAUUUGUGAUCAUGAAAUCCGUAAUAUUAACUGCGCUUGCCAAGACGCCGACGACCUAACGCAUUUUGCAUAUAUAACUAAAGAUCACGCAAGCCGUACACAUUUUUGUCAUGUAUUUUGUGUAUCUACAAUGGACCAAGCAACCGAGGUGAUUCUAACACUGGGGCAAGCAUUUGAAGUGGCUUAUCAAAUGGCGUUGAAAGACAAACUGACCGGGACUGGAAAUGGAAACAGCCAAACCGUCCGUUCACAGUCGGCGAGUCAACUGACAAACAUCACACACACACAGGUUAAUGUUAAUUCGAGUAAAACACCAAAUGGAAAUAAUAAUCAAAGCAAUGACACUUGUGCCAAUGAUAAAAAUUCAACACCAACAUUAACUACUCAAAUUAAUAAAAAUAAUUCAAAUAGUAUAACAGCAACAAUAAAUAUUAGUAGCAGCAGCAGCAGCAGCAGCAGCAGCAACAGCAACAGCAACAGCAAUAAUGGAAAUUCUUCUAACUCUAAUACUCUCAAGGCCAAGUUUAAAAUAAAUAAAACUAGCACAAAUGUAAAUACAAAUUCAAAUUCAAAUUCUCAUUGCAAUGUUAACAUGAUCACAAAUUCACAUGCUGGGAUAAAUGUCACCGUUGGAAGUAAUUGCACUUCCAGUGGGAAUUCAAAUGCCAAUACUAAGGGAGGACCAGUCCCGGUACCGCCAAAGCCCCUGGUAACGCACGGGCGCUCACACUCAGUAAACGACAUCAAGAUUAAUGGGAAUCAGUUAAAGCUCGUACCAACUCCGGUUGAUGACAUCGGAAUCGGCGUCAAAGACAUGAAAGCUGGCUCUCGAGCACCCAUUGCCCUUUCUGAAGAGCUAUAAUUAUCAUCAAUAUCAUCGACCUCAUUAAUAUCAUCUAAAUUAAUACAUCAAUAUCGAUAUUAUUAUUAAUUAUAUACUCCAUAAGUCCGUUUAUUAUUUAUUUAGUUUAAAAUCUAAACUGUGAUUAUUUUUUAAAUUAAACAAUGCAUUAUCGAGUCUUCAACUACAAGGACAACGAGUUAUCUCUAGUGAUUUUUAUUAUUAAAAUAACAAUUUGGUAAGUUUUUUAUUAAAUUCAUAUAUUAACUAAUAGUAUAUUAAAUUCUAUCAUCGAUCGUGUUGACAAUUUUACUCUUUAGAAAUAUUUAUUAAUCAAUUAAUAAUGACAUUCCCUUGAAAAACCUUUUUUUUAAAUUUUUAAUACUAACUAUUAUUAUAUCGAUUGAUGAAUAUGCUCAAUUAUUGAUUAUUAGAUUGAGUUUCAAUUUUAAAUUAAUUUUUAAUAAUUUACUCGUAAUAAUCAAAUGAUGAGCCUACUUUUUUAAUUAAUAUUUUAUAAAGACUGAGAAUUUUAACGAGAUUAGGGUAAAAUUUUGAUCUUGUAAACCGGUCAACGGUUGAUAACUUUAAACUUAUCCACGAAUUAGACUUGUUAAACUUUUUCAAUUAUAUAACUCAGUGAAAAAUAUAACAAGUCUUUUCCUGGUCUCAAUGUCCAUGUUCUUGUAACUUUCGAUAAUCAUGACGCAAUUGACAUUUUAUUAAAUUUACAAAAUCUACUAAUUAAAUUCGAUAAUAAUUUAGAAUUAUCAAGCUAGGACAAAAUUUUGAGGAAAAGUGUGGAGUUUAAAAGGUUUAAUUUUAGCUUAUUGAUAAUCUAAAACAAGGGCAUUUAAAAAAAAAAAAAUAAUAAUUAUAAUAAUAAUAAUAACAUAUGUCGUCCUAGAAUUUUUUAGAUGAAAAGAAUAAUGAUUGGGUUGAAUAAAAACAGUUGGUAGACUAGACCAAAGAAAUGAAGAGGGAUUUCAGACUAGUGAUUUUAAAAAUAAAAUUACUCAAGUUUUAAUUGAUGAUAAUAAUAAUCAAUAGUAACUAAACUGCCAAAAAAUCCCUAAUGGAUUGUUACUGUAUUAUUAAAUUAAAAAUAAACCGACGAAUUAAUAUUUAGAUAAAGAGGGCUAAUAAAUUAUUAAUUAUUAAUAAAUAAUUACAUACCAAAGCGUGUCGGUAUUGUAGAAAAUUGUAUACUACCAAUAAUAAUUAUUCAUAAUAAUAAUUAAACAAUAAACAUCAAUAACGAGUUUUAUAAUUUUGUUCAUUUUUAUAUUCGCGUUUGUAUUCUAAAUAUUUAAACGCUUUCAAUAAAGUUAGUUUAAAUUUUUCCUGCCAUUAUAAAAACAAAUUAGCUUUUAUCGAUAAAUAUUAAUUAUGCCAUGCCAGUAAAUUAGAUAUAAAUUUCAGCUAAGAAAUUUUGUUUCAAUCAUCGAGGUUAAAAAUUUAUAUUUAUUUUAUAAUUGAGAUUAAACUUUGUCUUUAAGAUAUUAAAUAUAAAUUAUAUAAAAUAUUGCUUAUAGCGUAAUAAUUCUAUAUACCAUAAAAUUAAUAUAAAUUUAAGGCGAAAAUUUUUAAUCGGUGGUAUAUUAAUGUUGCUUACUAAAAUCUUAAAAGGGUUUUAAAUCUUUAUUACAGUUAAUACUGCGUAUCAUUUAAUACCUUUGAUUUUAUUUUAAUAAAAAAAUUACGAGUCUUAAAAGUUAAAUGCACAGCAUUUCAAUUAAUAAGAGGCAAAGCGUCAAAGAAAACUCAAGAUUUAAAUAAUUUCAAUGAUAAAUCUUUAUAUACAUAGAUAUAUAUAUAUAUAUAUAUAUAUAUAUCUAUCCAUCCGGGCCAACUUAUUAUAAAGCUCUGAUUUAAGGAUUGAGCUUGCACUAAUUAAAAGUAUAAAUUUUUGUCAAAGAGACAAAGAGACACACUGAGAUUUUCGAAUUUAAAACAUGACAUUUUAGAGAGAAAGAGAGCUGAAUAAUCAUUAUAAUAUAUACAUAUAUAUAUAUAUGUAUCUUGAAUGGUUUGUGAUUAUUGUCACGCACAUCAGCUCAAGGGUCGGUAUGUUAAAUCUGUAUGUGUGUACAUGAGAAUGACAAAAAGAA